UAAAUUGGCGGAAAAUGGCCGAAAACGUGAAUCAUAAACGAAGAUUUGUAUAAAUGGAAGUUCUGCUUGGUGCGCGCUUUUUGCCUGCUAAUAUUAUUUGAAUCCUCACAUAUUCAAUGAUAUAAGAGGAUGAUGUCUUGCAGAGUGUAUUUUGGCAGAUUACCGGAGGCCCUGACACAAGAUGAAUUUGAAAAGCUCAUAGCUGAGUAUGGUAAGGCGAGAAACAUUGAAUGGAAGUCUGGCUUUGCCUAUGUUGAUGACAAGCACGGUUCUGAUGCAUCAAAAACUGUUCAAAAUCUCAAUGGGAAAAAGGUCUCUGACAGAGGUGAUUAUGGCCUAGCGUUUAUGAAUUGGCCAACUGUACGCAAUGGAUUUCAGUAGAACAAUUGUCGUUUUAAAUCCUCCAUCAGGAGUAGGUGAAAAUGAAUUCACGAUUCACUUUCAGAAGAAAGAGAAUGGUGGAGGUGACGUUGAUGAGGUUAAACUGGAGAAAGGUGUUGCUUUUGUAAUCUUCGACUCUUCGAAAGAUUCCGUGAAAGUCUUAAAUCAUCCUCAAAAACAAAGAAUUAAGGGUUGUGAACUUGAUGUUCGGUCAUACAGUUCAUGGUUGAAAACUACUCAGGAAAGUGAAAACAGUGCCUCUGGCAACAAUGACGACGUUGAUUCAGUUCCUACAAAAGAUGACGAGGAUAAAGCCACGAUCUAUGUCAGCGGUCUUAAAGAGUCAACGAUUGAUGAAACGAUCAUACUAUUUUUUGAAAAUAAACGAAGAACUGGUGGAGGUGAACUUCGUGAUGGGAAAGAAGGAUUUGAGCGAUUGUCACCAACCGUCGCUCGUUUAACUUACGCUUCCUCAAAAGACGCUGAAAACGUGUUGAAAAAGGCCAAAGAAACACCUUUUGUACACGAAGGGAGACCGCUUCAAGUAACCGCUGACUACGUACCCACCGAGGACCGAAGUAUAUUGAUGGUGACAAAUCUCAGUCCUGAUAUCAACGUGGAAACAUUGAAGAACUUUGUUGAAUCAAUGAAGAAUACAGUUGUCUUGAAGAUUUUUCUUGGAAAACACGGAAAAGCUGUUGUUGUCCUUGAAGAGGAAAUGAAAGAUGAAGAUGAUGAUAAAGAAAAAAACAUCUCCAAAAGUUUGACAUUAGGAGGGCGUUCAGUGUCUUUGAAAUUUGCUCCACUGACCAAGGGGAUAAGAGUGAAGAAAAUACCAAAAACCACAACUAAAGAUGAUGUCAAAUACAAAUUUUUAAAUCAUAGAUUUGGUGGAGGUGAAGUCACUAAUAUGGAUUAUGAUCAAAAUAACGGAAUUGCCAAACUUUUUUUUGAAAGUUCGUCUGUUGUUUCCAACUUGGUGAAGAAAGAUUAUGUCAUUAAGGAGACAUUAUUAACUGUGCUGCCUUUAUAUGAUGACUUUGAAGAAUUAGAUGAACCUGAAAACAAAAUAACAGAAUUUCAUGGCGACAUCCUUUGUGAAAGCGACGUCGUUGACUAUAUGAUUCGUCAUCACAGUAUGUCUCAGUUUGAUUUAAAGUCAGUGACAUACGAUGAAACCAUGUCGACUUUUCAUUUUACAAAGGAUGUUGAAGAUCCUAAGGAAGGGGAAGAUCUAAGUAAUAGGUUAAAAGUAUACGUUAAUUCUUUUGGAAAGGAAACGUUGGUUAUUCACACAACUGUUUUCGAUCAAGUGAAGCUGAAGGUUAUUGAAAACAAAGUUGACUCAGAAAUCGAGGUAAGAUUUGAGAAGCCAAACGUUGUUCUUUUUGGACGCAAGAAAGAAAUCACGAUGAAAAAGAAAGACAUCGAAAAAUUGGUCGAUGAGCUCACAUCUGCCGCCAAGAUGGAAUCCGUUUCGGAGGUUCUUGAAAACAAAGUUGACUCAGUAGACGGUAUAAAUAUAUAUAAAAUCUGCAGCGGUUGCAACAUUCUCAAAUGCAGGUUUCUUGAAUCCUAUAAGUUUGCCCAUACGCAGGUUCUCAGGUUUCUAAGAAAGAAUUGUAUCGCGAAAAGCGAAAGCCAAAACUUCCAUUCGAUUGCAUUUCCCGCCAUUGGAACGGGAAAUUUGAAAUUCACACGGUCGGAGGUUGUUAAAGUCUUUUUUGAAGCAGUCACUUCUUAUUUUACUGUGAAUCCUCAAUCGAAAGUUAAUAAUGUUCGAUUCGUGGCGUACGGUGGAGAUAUAAAAACCGUUGAUGCAUUCUUUGGUGCUGUGGAAGAGAUGAAGCCUAUUUUAUCAGCAACUAAAACAAAUAUUUCAUCACACGAUCUGGGUUUUCCUGGCCAAUCACAAUCUACAUUUCUAGAAUCCUUUACACCACGUAGCGCAACAACAAGUGAAAACCCAGACGGUAGCCUAGAAGUAAAGUUUCCAAAGGUAAAGGAUCCUGAAGCUAGUGGUUUGUCUGUCAAGAUACUUUUCGAUGACAUGAAGCUUGUUGAAAGUGCUUGGUCAGACUUUUUAAAGAGAAUGGAAGAAAAUAUCAUAGAGCAUACCAUUCGUAAUGAAACUAUCAAAAAAAUUGGCGAGAGUGAAAAGAAAAAAAUUUCUGAAGUAGAGCGUAACUUUGAUGUCACAAUUAAGGUAGACUUCACGAAAGGAAAGGCCUGUAUUAAUGGUCAUUUUUUAGAUAUCCCUGCAAUUGUCGACGCAUUACGCAAUAUGCUUAAAAAAAUUGAAGAAAAAGAAAACAGCAAAGUUCCUGACUAUUGGGAAACCCCUCCGGACGAUAAUGUAUAUUUUGCCUUCGAACUUCAACCUAAGAGUGAUGAAUAUAUAAAGGUAAAAAACGCAUUUGACAAGACUACAAGCAACGAAAUAGUGAAGAUUGAAAGAAUACAAAACCAGGGUUUGUACGAAUUGUAUAAUGUAAAACGUAAGGCUAUGAAAGAAAAAUAUGGCGACGCAGACUUUGCAGAUAAAGAGAAAUAUCUCUUUCAUGGUACUUCGAAGGAUAAUGUUGAAAAAAUUAAUUCAGGUGGACUGAACAGAAGCUUUGCUGGAAAAAAUGCCACCGUUUUUGGUAAAGGUAUUUAUUUUGCACGAGAUGCCAGCUAUUCCAUUAACGAAAAAUAUUCUUCAAAAGAUGCAAAUGGAUUACGUUAUGUGUACUACGCUAGAGUUUUGGUUGGUGACUACGCUAAGGGUGAUUCAACCAUGUUGGUUCCACCAUCAAAAAACACCGCAGAUCCAAACGAAACCUAUGAUUCUGUCGUCAAUGACACCAAAGAUCCUUCAAUAUUUGUCAUGUUUAAGGAUUACCAGUAUUAUACUGAAUAUCUUAUUACUUUUAAGUAACUUAAGUCAAUUAUUUUAAGAUGGACAAAAUUUUUCUUCUUUUGAUUAUGUAUUCAUUCAAAAUGUCUCAAUGAACAAUUGCCUGUGAAGUAGGGAUCAUAAUAAAAUGUCCAAUAUAAUCAAUCAGUUAUUUUUUAGUAGAAAUGAAAAAUUCAUUGCACAAAAAGCUGUUUAGUAACAGUAAUUAUUGAAUUAUUGUAUUUACGUUUAAUCAAUGCACUUAUCAUAAAGGUUGACUAAGCUGGGAUUUAGUCCCACCAAUAAGUUUCCUGCACAUGAUUUAUUGAUUCUGAUGUAUUUUAGUUCCACUGACUUUGCUCAACGUUUUUUGCCUAUAUUCAAACAUUCACUUAGAGAAGUAUUUGUAUUGUGUUUUAUAUUUUCUGCGCUUCUUACUUCGACAAUGUAUAUUGCAAUUAUAAAAAUGCUCAAGUGUUGAGAUUUUUUA